AUGGGCGAUGCGCUAUGCGGGCCGUCGAAUGCCCUCCAGAACUUCCAGAAGCAUACUUCAGUGGAUCGAACCCUUCAGCAAGACCGGCUGACUUCACGUCAAGUAUCUGGUCAAGGUUUCCGAUCCCAGAACCUUCAGGAGGGUAUACUCGACCCGGAAUUUGCUGCAUUUGAAGCCAACCUCGCCGGUCCUGCAUUGCCAGACUUACAACAUCCUGCUCACUUUGGACCGACACAUCAUGCCGCCGCACACCACCCAGCGGUCAAUCACACGGGCAACGCCAAUUGGGCCUCGGACUUCCAAAACCUACAAAUAUCAGGGCCAUCACACCCUGUAGCACAAUUACAAAGACCCAACAUGGCUUCUGCGAUAGCGAAUGGCGGGUGGCAUAACGAAUUCAUGAAUCAACAACGAGGGCCUAUGUCUCAGGCCCAGCAAACGCCGCAAAUGCGUGGUGGUGCCUACCAACCUUCUUUUGCGCCGAGCUACCCGAUGUACAGUCCGAUGAAUCAAAUGCAGCCCCCGCAGGCUGUACAAACCCAACAGAAUCUCGUAGAACAAUUUGAUGAAUCUGCUUUUGAGGCGGCGUUUGACCAGGCACGGGCGGAUAUGGAGUCGCAAAAAGCCGAGGUUACUCAGCAAAAUACCCCGCAGAAUUUGGAGGACACCCACGAAUAUGAACCAAUUACCGAAGAUGUACGACUGGGAUCGGAUCUCAUUCCACAGAGCGAGAAGCAAGACCUCCAGACACGAGGUCGGGAUGCAGAUGAACUUGCGCGGACAGCAGGACAACUACUGGAUAGCGUCCGCAGCGAACAAAGCGAAAAAUUUGCACAAAGCAAUUUCCUGGCAUUGAUGCGUCGAAUUCGAGAUCGCGAGGUGGAAGUUGAAGGGGAUGAGUUCCGUGAAACGGCGCAGUCUCUUCAUCCAGGUGGGCGUUACUACCCGGGCCAACCACAUCCCGCUCCGGGCUCCAAUAUUGAGAGUAAGGAAACCCUAUCGGCAGGGUCUGAUGCCUUGCACCCUGCACCCUGA